AUGCGUUCUAGCCUCACUCUUUCCGUCGUUCUCUCCUCUCACACAAACAUCCACUUGUUUGCGCACCCACAGCAGAAGUCUAAUGUUAUAAAGAUACAGAGCAGAGGAGUUCCUGAUGACGUUGGAACCUCUCUCUUUUGCCCCCAUUGUGAGCAGUACACAUUUGAAGAAUUUAUAGGAGUUUCUGGUGACGUACCUGGCACCAUCACGUAA